UCCUCUCCACCCCUUUCCCCGUCAGUCGACUGUUUUCUCGCUGUCCGUCGGUGCGUGCGUCGGUUAGCCUCCAUCACAAUCAGCCGCAGGAACCACGCGAACAUGGCGGACACAGCCAGGGACCCUCCACCGGAGCACGCCGACUUCGAGGAGCUGGAGGACGCGGAGGACCUGUUCCCGGAGCCAGCCGCCACACUGGAGUCAGAACCAGCCAGUCUACCUGCUGAAGACAUCAGCACCAACUCAAAUGGACCCAAACAAGAUUCAUUAUUUGAUGACGACCCCGAGGACCUGUUUGCAGAGGCCACAGAGGAGGUUUCGUUGGACAGUCCAGAGAGAGACGUCCUGCUGUCCGACGGUCCGUCCCCCGCCAUCACUCCCAUCACCCCUCCCACCUCAGUCAUCACCCCCUGCAUCGGCCACGCCCAUGAUGACAUGUUCACGCACUCAUCGUUUGACGAGAUUGAGGAGGAGGAGGGCGGCGAUUCCUUCGACAUGCACAUAUCAGUGUCUGACCCUGAGAAAGUCGGUGAUGGAAUGAACGCGUACAUGGCCUACAAAGUGACGACCAAGACCUCCAUCUCUCUGUUUAAGCGUAACGAGUUUUCAGUAAAAAGGCGUUUCAGUGAUUUCCUGGGCCUGCACAGUAAACUGGCCUCCAAGUACCUGCACAUAGGCUACAUCGUCCCCCCUGCGCCGGAGAAAAGCAUUGUGGGGAUGACCAAGGUGAAGGUGGGGAAGGAGGACCAGUCGUCCAACGAGUUCGUGGAGAAGAGGAGGUCGGCGCUGGAGAGGUAUCUGAUGAGAACAGUGAAGCAUCCCGUCCUGCUGAAGGAUCCUGACGUCCUGCAGUUUCUGGAGAGCUCAGAUUUGCCGCGGGCAGUCAGCACUCAGGCUCUGAGCAGCGCCGGACUUCUCCGAAUGGUCAACAAGGCCGCUGACGCCGUCAACAAGAUGACCAUCAAGAUGAAUGAGUCAGACGCUUGGUUUGAGGAGAAGCAGCAGCAUUUUGAGAAUCUGGACGUUCAGCUGAGGAAACUUCACGCCAGUGUAGAGUCUCUGGUCUGUCACAGGAAAGAGCUGUCUGUGAACACGGCGCAGUUUGCCAAGUCGGCGGCCAUGUUGGGGAACAGCGAGGACCACACGGCUCUGUCCCGAGCUCUGUCCCAGCUGGCCGAGGUGGAGGAGAAGAUCGACCAGCUGCACCAGGACCAGGCCAACGCGGACUUCUACCUCUUCUCCGAGUUACUGGGCGACUACGUGCGCCUCAUCACCGCCGUUAAGGGUGUGUUUGACCACCGUAUGAAGACGUGGCAGAAGUGGCAGGACAGUCAGAUGCUCCUGCAGAAGAAACGAGAAGCUGAGGCCAAACUGCAGUUCGCCAACAAGCCGGACAAACUGCAGCAGGCGAAAGACGAGAUCAAGGAGCUGGAGGGGAAGGUCCAGCAGGGAGAGAGAGACUUUGAACAAAUCUCCAAAACCAUCCGUAAAGAAGUCAGCCGGUUUGAGAAAGAGAGAGUGAAGGACUUUAAAACAAUCAUUAUCAAAUACCUGGAGUCACUGGUUCAGACACAACAGCAGCUGAUAAAAUACUGGGAGGCCUUCUUACCCGAGGCCAAGGCCAUCUCAUAGAGUCCGCUCAUACACAACACAGUCCUGACAGGCUCCGGUCCAACUACACUACCCACCAUGCACCUGUCCUGCUGGGUCUCCCUCCUCCUCCUCCUGUUUACGCCCAAACGAAGAAGAGAAGCGAGGCAGCGAACCGGCUCAAAGUGACAUUUCCUCAACAAAACUCUUGAUUUUACACAUCACCACCUUUGAUUCCACUUUUGGUUUUUCUUCUGCUGAACUGUGCUGCGUUCAGGUCCUGUCAGAGUAAUUGUUGUCAGGAAUGACUCGGCAGUUUGAUUCUAUAAUUCUCCAGACGGAUGCAUUCACGAUAAUAAUAUUAGCGACAAUACUGUUUCCUCCUUGGUGAUGUCAGAAUUCAGUAAAUCUGAGAAAAGAAAAAGUUAAAAAAAAAAAAAAAAAUCAUACUCUGAAACCUGCAAUCAAUGAUUUUUUCGAUCUGAAAGGUUCACGAUCCCGUAUGAGUUGAACGCAGCACGAGCGACGGUUUUCCUCUUCACACAAACUGGUUCUAAUACGGUGUCGGUUUCUACAUUCAGAGCACUUUGUCCGUGUAUUUGAUGACCAGACACGAGGGGAAUGGCUGAGUGGAGGAAUCGCACUCUGUACAUUUAUAUCUGAGAAUGACCUCAACGUUUCUCAACAAAGACAGAUAUCCACACUCUAAGGUUAAAAAAAAAAAGUUGGUCCUUUUCACCACCAGUUUGGUCUUUGGGUGUAUGGAAGCACAUUUCUGUCAUUUAAAAAAAAGAAAAAAGAGAGAGAGCGAGAGAUGAAAAUCGAGGAAUGAUAAAAAUAAAAAUUGCCAGGCAAAGUCAAAUGUGAUACUUAAGUCAAUUAUGGUACAUUUACAAAAUUGAACUUCGCAAGUUAUGAGAGGUAAAAAUGUAAAGGCCAAAUCAUGUGACACUGAAGGCCUUUAUCAGAUAAAAACAGAUGGAUGUGUAUUAAAUGCCUGUAAGUUUUCCACACCACAUCCAGCUUCCUCCGUUUGCUGUUACGAACACGUUUCUGUCUUUGUCAUUUAAUGGUUUCUUAAGCUUUUUGUCACGAACUUCGACGGAGGCAGCACAACGCGUGUACGGUCUGAGAUUGAUGACCGCUCUCCACGUUGCUGUUGUCAGUAAUUUUCUGACGGAUAAUUGAAAAAUUAAGCUUCAUAUCCGUGAUGAAUUUUCUUCUCAUUAAGUUUCACUUACAAGCUUUUUUUUCUCCAGGGCUUUUGACUAUAUCCAACUGCCUUCUUCAGCAAAUAAAAUCCGACUCGGGUGUUUUUCACGGAGCUAGGCAACGUGGUAACGGGUGGUCGUUUAUGGAGGGAGAUUAUACCCCCCCCCCCCAAUUUUACGAGUCUGUUGAAGAAAGCUGUGGGAUAUGGUCAAAAACUCAUAGAAAAAGUUAGCGAGCGAGCCUUGAAUUUCGGACAUUAUAGUAUAAGGGCAAAAUUACUCUAAAUCCCACAAUGUAGCAUUUGUAAGCUUUACAUUAAAAAAAAACACCUAAUAAUGUGGUUGUAAGCAGAUCUACGUGUUUCAUAAUGUAUUUUUCAACAACAGCAACUCCUCCUGAUGAUAAACGGCAAUAUAGUAAAACCCAGCUGGAAUAAUCAGUAAUAUGUCUAACAAAUACUUUGCAUUAAUAAAAACUUUAAAAUGUCUUUAGAUCUGCUUAGAACUAUACUACAGUGUGUUUAAAACAAUUUAUUACAUUUUUUGUAUAAAGAUUAUAAAAGCUAAAUAGGGGGACUUGAGUUCCCAAGGUCAAACCUGAUCCUCCACGCUCAAGUUCGCCAGCUUUGACUCGCCACGACAAUAUUUAUGUUUUGUCAUUCCGGACUUUUUCAUUUCCUCUGGUUUUCUUGGCGAGAAAUGGCUCCCAUACUUUGCCCCCUAAGUACUACAGUACCCAUGAGCAUCGGCGGCAGUUGCUCCGGAGAGGUUUAGAGUCACUUCUGAAUUCCCGUGUUGUACGAACCCCUGACUUCACCCAGCCGUCGGCCGCAUGGCGACGGAAUCUGAGGCUCUCUGACUGGAUGUUUCGUGCAGCAGUGCUCUCUGGGACUUGUAGUUGACUUCUCUCUUAACAAUCUUGAACGUUUGACUUUUUUUUUUUUUUUUUUCAAUGAAGGAGAUUUUUUUGUGUUUUGUUUUGUUUUUCAGCGCAGUGGUUGAAACCCAGAAUGUGAAAAUGAACAGACGUUUUACUGCAGGAACCCUGAAUGCCACGUGUGGCCCCGACCGCCUGUCUGCUCUAUUGGCUGUUUCAUACAAUAACCCAUUAACAGUGUGUCCGUGUCAUGGGAUUUUGUCCUUUUAUCCAGCACUGCCGGUUGUUGUCACUGGGGAAUGGAAAAGUGUGAACAGCAGUUUUUAGAACAGGGAACGUUUCUCCACUAAAACGCUGGAAACAAACCUGGUUUUAUUGUAGAGUUUGGAACUUGAGCUGUGAAUCUGAUCUGGAGUCAGUGAUGAAGGACAACUGACUGCAUCCUCUCUUCUUUUCUGUCUCGCACUUCCUCGCGUCCCCUGGCGCCUUUCAAAACGAGAGCCCGUGUUUUUGUUGCUGUAUGAUCGCGAGUGAAGGCAACGUUUUCUGUUUCUGUCCUCUUUGAGCCAAUGAGAGCAGAGAAGGAGGAAACUCGCUUCCUGGUUUAGUCCACUGCUGCUGUCUGAUGAAUAUUUCCAAACCUAGACCAAGCUAUUAUUUUGUUCUGAUAACAUUUUCCUCGCCAAGUAACUCUAAUAUUAUCGUAACCAACUGAAUGGGACUGACAGGCUUAAGCUGUUUUCAUUUUUAAGGAGAAAGUCUCAACAGUCAGGAAGCGUGCGCGUGUAGGCUGCGAUGCCUUGUGUACUUUCCAACAGUGGUUCUGUUUACGAAGAGAUGCAUCACUCACUAGAAUCACUUUUGAACUCAGUUUAUUUCAACCAAACAAUGCAGUCCCCCACCACCACCCACGUUCAAAGACUGUGGCACCAGAGACCGAGGUUCGUGUCCCCGGUCCCGUCUGUGGUUUAGGCAACCAGAAGCACUUUAGUUCAAGUUUAGGGAAAGAAGGUGGUUUUGGUUUUUAGACGGGCUGUGUGUCAAGUCAGUGUGGACUUUUUCUGGGUUAAACAAGACCAGAGAGUCUGACGCUGGAGUCUCUACAGGUGGAUGUUGUGCAGCAGGAUCAGAUAUUUUGGCAGAAAACAAACACGUCUUCUGUGAUAUUUCCUCUGUCCACAUAUUCGCAACUUGCCAAAUAUGUAAUUUCCCAACAUUUGCUCCUGAUGUUCAUAGAAAGUGAAUCGGCUCAGCAUUACGUUUCCUUCAAAAUAAAUUUGCUGCCGCGGAUUAGUUGUAUAUAAACAUCAUUCCUAGGAGGCUGAGUCGCUCGCAGAUAACUCGGCACUUUGCUCAGAACUGGAAGAAUCAGACCAAAACUAGAGGACGAGCUCUGUCAGGUCACAUUGUAGAUAAAGUGAGUCUGUGUUUAUUUUUACGAGUCAUAUCCAAAACAAUAACUGAGCAGCAGGUUCGAGCUGAGUAUGAAAACCUGCAGCGUGAACAGAGGCUUGGUGGUUUUCCUCCUAAUGCUCAGGUUUGCCCCAAAGAGGAGACUUUGCUUUGAAUCCCGGUUUUAUUGGAUUUAGCAGGAACUGGAGAAGUGAAACGUCUUUCUAGCAUCUUUCGGUUUCGGCAGGUGGAGGAUUUCCUGCUGACGGAGACUGAACUGAAGCUAAAGUGCAGAGUGUCGGAGAAGUUUCAGGUUCGGUGGCAGUGAGUGUGUGUGUGUGUGUGUGUGUGUGUGUCAGGUGACAGUGUGUGUCCGUCCAGAGAGCGGCUUCGGACUGCGAGGAUCGUCCUCACCGGCUGUCUCUCUUCCUGUUGAUCAGUGUGAGGGCUGCAGUGUUUAACUGCUAAUUCUACAGGAUCUUUCCGUGAUUUUUAUUUUUGAUGAAUUCAAAACACAUUUCGUUAUCAGAGUGAAAUCCAUCAACCUGAAUCUAUCAGAGAAGCUACAACUCUGACAUUUUUCAUCUCAGAUUAAAGUUGAUUUUAAAAACUGGAAA